UCCAUGGCACGGCACCGCCAUGGCUCCGCUUCCUCUCCCCCUUCCCGCCACUCCCUACCCACCCAAACCCCACGAGUCCCCGCGGCCCGCCUCUCUCCAUGCCGCGCUCGCCUCCCUCUCCCAGCAAGGCAGCGACCACGGCAGCCUCCGCGACGCCUUCGCCCUCGUCUCCCGCGCCGAGCGCCAGUCGAGCCCCGGCGCUGCCGUUGCCGUCGGCCCGGAGGUGUACGUGUCCCUCCUGCAGUGCUGCGUCGCCGCGGGGUCCCUCCGCGCGGGACGCCAGGUGCACGCUGCCGCCGUCAAGCGCGGGCCCUACUACUGCCGCCACGCCUACAUCGGCACCAAGCUCGCUGUCUUCUACGCCCGAUGCGGCGCGCUGGCGGACGCCGAGCGCGUGUUCGACGCGCUACCCAAAAAGAACGCCUUCGCCUGGGCCGCCGUCAUCGGAUUAUGGAGCCGCGCCGGGCUGCACGCUAGGGCCCUCGACGGGUACAUCGACAUGCUGCAGGCGGGCGUCCCCGCCGACAACUUCGUCGUGCCCAGCGUGCUGAAGUCAUGCGCCGGGAUCGGGAUGGUCGGGACCGGGAGGGCGCUGCACGGGUACGCCUGGAAGGCGGGGUUCAUGGAAUGCGUAUACGUGUUGAGCAGCCUGGUGGACUUCUACGGGAAGUGUGGCGAGGUGGAUGACGCGCGGGAGGUGUUUGAUGCAAUGACGGAGACGACGGUGGUGACCUGGAACUCCAUGUUGAUGGCGUAUAUAAACAAUGGGAGAAUCGAUGCUGCUGUGGAAUUGUUCUAUCAGAUGAGGGUUGAAGGCGUGCUGCCGACGAGGGUGAGCGUUCUUAGCCUUCUGUCUGCAUCGGCCGAUUUUGAAGCUCCUGAUUGGGGUAGGCAGGGCCAUGCCGUGGCCGUAUCGAGUGGUUUAGCGAUGGAUGUAAUUUUGGGGAGCUCAAUCAUCAACUUUUACUGUAAGGUUGGGAUGGUCGAGGCUGCAGAGGCCGUGUUUGAGCAGAUGGUUGAAAGAGACGCUGUUACAUGGAAUUUGAUGAUUGCUGGGUAUUUGCAGGAUGGGCAAACCGACAAGGCUUUGAUCACUUGUCGAAAAAUGCUCCAGUCUGGCCUUAGGUUUGAUUGUGUGACGUUGGCAUCCAUUAUCAUGGCUUGCAUGACAUCCUGUGGUAUGGAGAUGGGCAGAGUUGCUCACGGCUAUGCAGUUAGAAACUACCUUGAAUCAGACCAAGCGGUUGCUUGUGGCCUGAUAGAGUUGUAUAUGAGUACUCAAAGGACCGAACAUGCACGCAGGCUGUUCGAUGCCAUGAGUUGCAGAGACAUGGUCGUGUGCAGAGUGAUGAUUUCUGCUUAUGCAGAUCAUGGGAUGAGUUCUCAGGCUCUCAAGGUUUUAUAUCAGAUGCAGCAUCAGGGCAUAUCUCCAAGUGCAGCGUGCUGGGAUUCAGUCAUUUCAGCUUUUAUGAAGAAUGAGCAGAUUAGUGAGGCCCUAGAGAUCUUCAAUGAGAUGCUACUAACAAAAACACGCCCAAAUCUACGCACAUGGAGCCUGUUAAUAAGUGGCUUGUCUCGAAAUGGUAUGCACUGCGAGGUAAUGAAUCUAUGCUGCAAGAUGCAAGAAGUAGAGCGAGCACCAAGUCCAACAAUUUUCUCCGCAGCACUUGUUGCCAUGAAGGCUGCAACCUCGGUACAAUAUGGAAAGGCAAUGCAUGCGUGCAUUGUAAAGAAGGGCCUAUUGUUGUCCAAAUCCGUUAUACAGUCCCUGCUAAACAUGUAUGGCAGUUUCAGUGACACAGGCACGGUAGAAAGUUUACUAGGCUUGCUUGCUGCUGCACAGUAAAUAACGCAGCUGCACAUAGUUACAUUACAUUACAUAGCGUUUGCACAUAUCAACUUGCUCAUAUUCAUCAUCAGAUGGCUAUUCUUGGAUCAGAAGGUUCCAAUCAGAAAAUGAGCGAGUACAUAGUGCUACUGUUGGCAAAAAGUGUACAGUUUGGGUUUCUGUAACCAGGGAUUGCACGCCGAGAGACAUGUUACAUCUCUGGUGUCUCCCUAGUUUGCUCUUUUUUUUAGAGCCUACUCACAAGUCACAACUCGUCCAGGGAGAAAAAAAGGCCCCCGCGUCGCUCCGCACGAGCGACACGGGCGGCGCACCAACCACCGCCGCCGGCAGUCGUCUUCUUCGCGCCUCCCUCUCGCCGCCGUCAGAGUGCGCCACCGGCCAAAGGCCGUGUGGCAGCGGCGGCGGCGGGGCCUCGUCUCCCUGGGUGCUCGGGAGCUAGUGGCUAAUGCGGGCUGCGCUAGUGCUCGGGAGCUCCCAACCUCCGGCGGAGCAGCGGAUCCGGGGCCCCCGCGCCCGGAUCUGGUGUGGUGCUGGGUGCGCGGCCGCAAGGGGCGGCGUCUGCCGGAGCGGCAGCUUGCGGAUCUGGCAGGGGCGGCGGCGGGUCUGCACGGCUCUUCGACGUGUGGCUCGAUGUGCGCGCGAGGGUGCAGUGGCUGAUGUUGGGAGGCACGGAGCAGAGGGUGCAGGUGUGGUGGAUCUGAGGCUUCCGGUCUCCGGCAGGCUUGUUUGCAUUGGCGCGUCUGGUUCAUGGCUGCGGCUGGGAACCGUGGUGGUUCUCGGGCGGUGCUUGGCGCCGCGGGGAGGUGGAAGAGGUGGAUGUCGACGUGGGGAUUGUGUGCUAUGCAGUGCUCGGAUCUGCUUGGAUUCGAAGGUGUGGAGGAGCUCCGGGCGAAAGUCCAGCACUGACCUUGGGUCGGUGCCGGCAACAGCGGCACCAUGGUCAUAGUGUCGUUCCCCUUCUUGAAGGUGUUGCCGUGGUGCUCCUUUGCACGACUCUCCGGGAGAAAUCCCUAGCUUCAGAUGGCUGAAGCGGGCGAUGACGGCGGCUACGUCGUUUCCUUCUUUGAGGCAUCGUCUUGGAGAGUCAGCAUGUUGCAGUUUGCACGGAUCUCUUCAUCGUCAGGGGCAAUGGACGUCGGGGCGGUGGCUCCGGAUGGUUUCUGAUUGUGAGUCGAGAUGGCGAUCUCGGGAACAACGUGAGUGGUAGCUCUAUGAGAAUCUAAAGAAGACGGGGACAAACAAAUGAUCAGUUUAUCCUUGGCAACUUACCUGAUCGACGCCACAUGAUUAGGCUGCCAACUCUCAUCCAUCGACAAGGCAUGAUGCUCCUACCCAAUCCAAGGCGUCGACAAUGGCGGAAAGGCGGGGGCGACACGAUCCGGCUUUAGCAAGGCAGCCACGUGGGAAGUGGGCCGCUCGCUUUAUGGCACAACGAAUGAUGGAAGGACGGGAGCCACCAUGUGUCUUCACCAAAAUUUCCAUCGACCGCCUUUCUCUUCAAUUCCCUACCUAUCUUGGAGCGAUCGAUUAGUCUCUGCUUUGAUGCGAUUAUGUUCUGUUCUGCUGCCUGGGAGAGCGUUGGCUGGUUUUUUUA